AGCAUUUCCUUCAAACUUCUUCGAGUCCUACCUCAAAUACCUUUGGAUGGCGUCAAGCUCGGGAGUUCUGACGGAAUGGCCAUGGAGUCCCCUUGGUGGCUUCAAGUACCUCUUGGUGGCCCCGUUGAAGAUGGCAAGCAUACAUUCAUAUGGAUCAGUGUGUCGCAUCAUGCACAAGACGGCCAAGGGAAAGAAGAAGAUCGUGGACAAGCCCAUUGAGUUCGAGCAAGUGGACCGAGGGCGCUCUUGGGACGACCAAAUCAUCUUCAACACGCUCUUCAUGUUUCUCGUCAACAACAAACUCUCAGGCUGCUCCCGUAUCCCUCUCUGGAGACUAGACGGAGCUAUUCUCAUGAGUCAUGACUAUACUUCAUGCUGGUCCCGUCCAGUUCUUAUACUACUGGUUCCACAGAGCUCUCCACCACCACUUCCUGAUCUACUCUCGCUACCAUUCUUUCUCACCACCACUCCUCCAUCGUCACCGAGCCCAUCACGUUAUCCGAAGUUGAAGAUAAGGCUAGUAGAUGGAAGCAGCAUGGCAGCUUCGGUGGUGGUUAAUAGCAUGGAAGUUGUCUUUAGAGGCAAUGUUACAAAGGUUGCUUCGGCCGUUGUCUUUGCUUUAUCCCAAAAGGGCGUCAAGUUCCCGCCCAACAAACUCUGCGAGGACUGUUUCUACCACUCCACUCCAGCUAUGCUUAUUCCCAAGUCUGCCCAAAACAUUCACUCCUGUGAGAAUUGGCUAGGAAGGAGGGUGAUGAGUGGGUGGAGAAUCGUUGGCAUAGUGCAUGCCCUUGAAGGUUGGGAGGAGCAUGACUGCGGCAACACUUGCAACUUCUUCCGUCUAUCUACACCAUAUGGGAGACUGCUCUAUGUAUCUCCUCUCUCUUCUUUAUCUAUUCCCUUACAAAUUUGUUUGUAGUUGAUCAUGUUUUGCUAUGUACUAUAUGGAUGUGAUUGGUAACAUGUGUUAUGGUUAAUUUAAUUUGAGUUAUAGAUGUGACUCAUAAUUAAAUCAAAAAUGUCAU